ACUGCAGUAACGUCACCAAAGGCUGAGACUAUAAAUCCUGCUCUGCUGCCUGCUGUGAGAGUGAAGACAACUACAUGACAAGUGUUUACACCUGCAGAGGCGUGGAGCCAACAACCAAGACUUAGGCUGCAGAACUGGAAACAAACCCUUAUUGACUGGAGAACUAUGAACAAGGACACCAUGACAAACCGGCUGAUGUUCACUAAGGAGAACAAGGAGCGGAUACAAGCUGUCGAGAACUCAUUUGGGCCAAUGGGUAAACCGCUGUCCCAGCCUGGUCGAGUUCUGAUUGGAGAGGGCCGACUGAUGAAGCAGAGCCGCCGGAGGCCACAACCCAAAGUCUUCUUCCUAUUCAAUGAUGUGCUGGUGUACGGUAGCAUCAUCCUGAACGGCCGCUGGCACAAAAAACAGAAGAUCAUCCCUUUAGGUGAGAAAAUCAUCUGCUUAUCCACAAAACAAGGAAAGAUAUACAUUUAGGCACAGACAGGUUUUCAUAUAUUUAAAGUUAAACAACAGUGUGAGGAUGACUCUAACUAGUUCAACAUGAACUACUUCAACACCAAAUAAAGUUUGUCCUGGGGUAGGAAUAUUCUUCUCAAAUAAAAAUACAGUUACUUAAAUGACAUUCAUCUUAGUAGAAAUAAAAGUACUGGUCUGUUAAUCUAUUCAUAGAAGCUUUCGGAUACUUUAUUUGAAAUAUACUUAACACACUGAGUAUAUAUCCUUGACCCCUGGCAUGAGAGGUGCGGGUAAUAUGAUAGGCCCCUUAAAUCAGAAUCAGAAUGCUCUUUAUUGUCAUCACACUUCAAUACAGCGAGAUUGGAGAGCUUCUCCAUUUCCAGUGCAAUAGAUAAAUAAAAAGAAAAAACAGAAACAGAAUUUUAAAAAAUAGGUACAAAAUAUAUCCAAGAUAUGUAUGAUGUAAAAGCAUAUUCUCUCACACUGACUGCUGCACCACAACCAGCAGCUUUACUUUGUGAAGUGAGUUUAGACUCUACGCCUAUCAAGGGUGGGGUUAUUGAAAAAUUUGGCCUCACCUUUUGAUUGUGGCUGACUGUGCAGAAGGCUUAUUAUUGUGAGCUGACAGUCAGGAUUUCAUUGGCUGUGGAGUGUAAAACUUUUUUUUUUUUUGCUUUGUAUUAACAAACAAUAUUUCAUGUUUCAGAGGACAUCCAGCUGGAGGACUUAGAGGACGGUAUGAGGAUGAGGAACCAGUGGUUAAUUCGCACACCACGCAAGUCUUUCUACGUAGGCGCCUCUUCAUAUGAGGAGAAGCGAGCUUGGAUGGAGCACAUGGAAGAAUGCAGGUCCAGACUGCUGCAGAGCAGCGGCCGGAGCGCAGGGUCUGCCUUUGCUGUUACCUGGAUUCCUGACCAGGCCUCUGCUAUCUGCAUGCGCUGCAAUGACAAGUUCACUCUGACCCAGCGCCGACAUCACUGCAGAAAAUGUGGCUGUCUGGUCUGCGGUGCAUGCUCCAAGAAUCGAGCCGUGAUCUCACACAUCCACCCGACUAAGUGCGUCAGAGUUUGCACCAUGUGUCACUCCAGUCUUCAGAGAACUGAGCCAGCGAACCAAGACACAUGUCGCAUGAGAGGAGACAGUACAGAGAUGAUGGGAUUUGAUGAAGAGGAAGUGGAGGUGUUCAGUGAAGGAGAAGAGGCAGAGGAGCAGCUGGAGGACCAUGACCCCAGCAAGUGGAUGGAUUUCCAAAAGGAGUCAUGGGCCCCCUAUGUCUACUUCAAACCAGAGCAUGUGAGGCUGUAAACCCAGACACUGAAGAGCUCUGCAGAGGCUCUUAAACAUUUCUGACUCAGACUCUGGGAUGUUCUUAAACACAGACUGAGGCUUACUCAGCAUGUUCAAUGUUAUUCCCAGUUUGUCAUUAACACAUCAAGACAAUAAUGUAUAGAGCUAGAACAUGUUGUACAUACUAUAUUUAUUUAUGUAUAUAUAUAAUAUUAUAUAAUCUUAAAUUUCCCUUCAGAGAUCAAUAAAUUUUUUUUAUCUUAGAAAGUCAAACCCUGCAACUGUGAAACUGUCUCAUGACCACUGCAUUUGGUGUCAGUCGAGUGUGGUUAUCUUAGUCUGAUUUUAAUCAUAUGUGAAUAUGUCUGAACCUGUUUUAAAGGAACCUCCACAUCUGCCUCACUUUGGUAUUUCAAAUCAACAAUGAAAAAUAAAGCUCAUAAAAAACAGCAAAAA